CAGACCGACACUUGAAGCAUCGCGGGUUCACUACAGCAGAUUAUGCUUGGCGUAACCAUACCUCUCCCGCCCCCUUUCAAGCUGAACUGUAAGUAAAUAACCAGUACAGCAUUCACCGCCUGUUAUAUGCUAGGGCCGAGGUCCCCCGCUACUCUGAGCAACACCCACCUCUCCACUCUCUAUGAAUCGACUGCAAAACAGGACGCGCAUACCCACACCCUCCUUUUAGGCACUAAAAUUUGACCAUGUCGACAAUUCCAACGACCGCAGUGGUCAUAGAGCCAUUGAGCAUCUCUGACAAGUUUUCGCUUGUGUGGCGUAUCCCUUUUUUCGUCCUGCGUUGUACAACCAAUUUUGCUUCAUUCUACCUAUCAAAUGUGGAAGUCGCCAAGCUUCAUUGGCGUCAAAAACUUGCGCUUGCUUAUCUACAGGCAUCUAGAGUCACCUUAACACGCAAGCAACAGGCCCAAUCACGCAAGCUUUUGACAGGCCCCAGGAUUCAGGAAUAUUGUCGCAGAUAUAACCUGGCACAUAGAGCGGUGUCCGUGCAUGAUGAUGCGCUUUACAAGGAGCGCGACAUUCCAACCCCGGUGCUCCACUUUGUUAAGAGUCUGGCCGCACAACCUGAAGGACCGACAAUCUUCUACUCGCACGGUGGCGGGUACCACAAUCCGAUCAAAGAACAAGGGCAUAUUCCGCUCGCUUUACAAUUUGCGGUGGCCUGCAAAGCCAAGCAGGUCGUGUUUUUAGAGUACUCUCUCAGCCCUGAGCAGCAGUACCCAUGCCAAUUAAUCCAGGCAGUGGCUGGCCUACGGUAUCUUCUUGAGCAAGAGUUGAUUCACCCAGAGAACAUCAUUCUCAGCGGUGAUAGUGCGGGCGGACACUUGACAGCAAGUCUGUUAACUCACAUUAUCCACCCCUCUCCAUAUGCGCCUCCCAUUGAUCUUAAUGGUCAUCAAUUCAAGGCCGUUCUUCUAUUGUCCCCUUGGAUGGCCAUGUCGGAGGAGCAAAUCAAGAUCCUCCCAAGAGCACCGGACGAUUUCCUAACACGAGAGAGCAUUGUUCGCUUUUCGACCAUGUUCAAACCCGGGUUGAACGAGGUAUGGAGUAAUCGAUGUGAGAUGCAGGACGCGAUCGCUGUGUGGAGGAAGCUCUUUCCCACUGCACAUGAGCACGCAAUAUGUCGCAAGGCGAUGUUAGCCGUUGGGACUUCAGAAGUUCUCUUUGAUUCCUGUGUGACAUUUGGGCAGGAAUGCAUUGGAUGUGAGACAAUCUAUGUUGACGAUCAAUCAAGCCUCGACCUGGUGAGGGAAACGGAUUUUGUUCUUGCAAUCGCCCCUGGCGAGGCUCAUGUCCAGCCCGGGAUGGAUUGUGCACUAGGGUAUCAUGAUGGGAGGAUGAUGAGGGCUAUUUCGACAUUCUUAGAAGCUUGUUGAGAAACGUAAGGACUAGGUCAUAUAGGGUUCGCGGAAAGAGUGCCUUCCACUGACCAGUUCGCAUCGCUUGAUCUCAAGAUUGUAAAUAGCAAUGAUGUCAUCGACAGGAAGAUGUCAAUGUUACACGCUAGAGCAUUGCAUUAUCAAAAAUCAUAGUUAGAACCAAUGCGAG